UGCCUAAAUCAAAAAUCUAUUGAAUAUAAUGAGGCUAAAAAGCUUUUUACAGAUUUAACGGAUCUUGAUUAUAAAGCUGGUUAUAAAGAACAUACAUUUUAUAAAUACUGGCUCGCAUCUAAUGGCCAUGUCAGCUCUUCUGAUAAAAACGAAACAGCACUUUUAGAGGCAUACCAGCCCGAAGAGAUCUAUUCUCAAUAUAUAAUUCGGAUGGCAGAAAAAGGUUAUACAGUGAUUGAUCAUCCUAGCGAAGUUUAUAGAAUACCUGAUACUCACGAAUGUAUUGAUAGUAACUAG